UUAGUACGGAACAUUGCGGGAAAUUUGAUGGUAAACAACUGAAUAAAUUUACAGUUUAAAUCUGAUAUGAGGUGUGAAAACAGCAAUGAGUCAGUCAGUGCGCAGCAUUUCAAACUGCUCAAUAGCAAUCGAGUCACUUAAAGAAUCCUUGAAGUCAUAUGCUGGGGAGUUUCACAAUGCUGAUCUGCUCACAAUUUUGUCGGCUGAGGAUGAAGAAGAGCAUUAUGGAGUUGUUAUCAAUGCCCUGUCAUUGUUUGAACGCUGCAUGGAGAUGUGUUAUGCACUGUGUACCAGUCCACUCACAUUUUUACCAGUGUUCGACACAGCUCUUGUUGAGACACAGACUGUCAUCUAUGAUCAGCUUACAAAUAAAUGUACUCAGAGCGUGAAAACCAACGUGCAUGCAAGGAUUACAUCCUUACCUGUUCAGCCAGAAUUUACCCGCUCAAAUGUUCCAAAAACAACUGAUAUUGGCAACUUUCUUGCUUUGACAGGCACAGUUAUAAGAACAACAGUGGCUCGGGUGCUAGAGUAUGAAAAAGACUACAUCUGUACCAAAUGCAAGGCUACCAUUAUACAAAAGGCUGAUCCAGACCAGUUCAGUACCGUCAGCAAGCCAUCAAGAUGUUCCAAUGAUGUUUGCAACUCUACUUCGUUUAUGCAAGCUGCUGAAAAUGCUGGUCAGCCGGUCAAGUGCAGGAACUAUCAGGAGGUCAAGGUGCAGGAGCAAGUCCAGCGCCUGGCCAUGGGGACCAUCCCCCGGUCAGUGUGGGUCAUACUGGACAAUGAUCUGGUGGACAGCUGCAAGGCUGGAGACGAUGUAGUCAUUUGUGGAACUGUGAUUCGUAGGUGGCGCAACAUUUCAGCGGAAAAUAAGUGUGACAUAGAGUUGGCCUUGAAGGCCAACAGCAUUAUUGUUACCAAUGAGCAACGCAGCUCUGUCACCAUCACACAAGAGCUGCGCCAGGAGAUUGACCAGUUCUGGGCAGAACACCAGUCAUCUCCCCUGACAGGACGUAACCACAUCCUGGCCUGCCUGUGUCCACAGGUGUACGGACUCUACGUUGUCAAGCUUGCUGUUGCAAUGGUGCUGGCGGGAGGGGUCAGGAGACAAGAUGAGUCGGGCACAAGUGUUAGAGGAGAAAUUCACAUGCUACUGGUAGGAGACCCAGGUACAGGAAAGUCUCAGUUCCUGAAAUAUGCCACUAAGGUUACACCUAGGUCUGUGUUGACAACUGGGAUUGGAAGCACGAGUGCCGGGCUUACUGUAACAGCUGUCAAGGACAGCGGGGAGUGGCAGCUGGAGGCCGGGGCUCUUGUUCUGGCGGACGGCGGGCUGUGCUGCAUUGAUGAGUUCAACAGCAUUCGUGAACAUGACAAGGCGAGCAUACACGAGGCCAUGGAACAGCAGACAAUCAGCGUUGCCAAGGCAGGAAUAGUGUGUAAAUUGAGUACAAGGACCACAAUUCUGGCUGCUACAAACCCUAAAGGACACUAUGACCCUAAUGAGUCUCUGUCUGUCAACGUAGCCCUAGCAAGCCCGCUUCUCAGUCGGUUUGACCUAGUUCUUGUGCUACUGGACACACAGAACGAAGACUGGGACCAGGUCGUGUCAGACUACAUCCUGAGUGGCAAGCACCCAGAUGAGCUGGAUGAUCACAGGUCUGCAUCCACCUGGAGCAUGGAGAAGAUGCAGGCAUAUUUCUCACUUAUCAAGACUAUUAAUCCAGAGCUGACGUCAGGGGCAACCAGAGUGCUGCGUCAGUAUUACCAUGCCCAGAGAGGUUCAGACGACAGAAAUGCAGCACGGACGACAAUGCGACUGCUACAGAGUAUGAUACGACUCUCACAAGCACACGCACGGCUAAUGUACAGAGAUCAAGUGACAAUUCAAGACGCUGUGGUUGCAGUGACACUAAUGGAAUCGUCUAUGCAGGGUGCGGCCUUACUUGGAGGGGUGAAUGCUCUCCACACAGCCUUUCCUGCAAACCCAGAGGAAGAGUACAGGAUACAGGCCCAAUUGAUUCUUCAGAGAUUGGAAUGUCAAGAUCUUUUAGAAGAUGAACUGAAGGUGAUAGAUGGACUUAAUCAAAAUAAAAUUGCGGAGAAGUCAAGUUCUAAACCUGCUGAAAAUACAAAUAUAAAAACAUUUAAAGUCACAGUGUGUCCCGAUUCAAAUGGCAAUGGUUUGAACUCUGACAAAAGUAUAAAAAGGAUCAGCAGCAUACUUGGUAAUGCCAAGGAUAGACAUGCCGAUGGCAGUGAAAAUGUUUCAGAAGUGAUCAUUAAACAAGCUACAAAUAAAUUGGACGCAACAAGAAAGCUGAACAGUGAAGUUGAAGCAAUACAAAUGUUAAAAGUGUUAGAUAAAGAAAACCAUCGGGUAGACAAACAAACUGCAGAUGUGUUAUCAACUGAGUCUGAACAGCCACAGGAACCAAAAUACUAUGUUACAUUGGAAGGAAAUGGGUCAAUGGAUGAUAUGAAUCUUACAAGUGUUUCAUUGACUGAUAUGCUAAACUCUGAUCAUGUGUCCUCCGAAACGGACAAUAGUAGAGUUCAAGAUACUUGUGAGCUUCCUGCAGGGCAUUCCAAUUUGGAUCUCCUGCCUCAAAGCUCAGAUGUGAACAGUUUUAAUAUUCUUCCAUAUAAUGCUUCAACACCAGCAAAAAACCAAAUAGGUGUUGAUAGAAAUUUUGUAAGAGAGUUUAAUGGAAACAAAAAAGCUUAUGGUGGAAAGUCAAAGAUACGAGAAACAAUAGAAAACAGAAUGACACAAGAUAACAUGAAACAAGCUGAUGGAGAAGACAUAAAUGGCAGUGAUAUCAACACAGAUAAAUCAAAUAGUUUCAGAGCAAAACUUAUUUGUGUUAAACAAGCGAAGCAUGGUAUAAUAGGUCAAGGCGCAAUCGUGAAGAGUAAAGUUAAAAAAGGUAUUCAAACAUUUGCUCGAGCGAUGAAAAAGGAAUCUAAGCUUAGACCGAUAAAAAAUAAUGAUGACGCAGAUAAUGUCAUUGUUGUUAAAGCAAAACAGGGUAAGAAAAAGCAUACUCAAAUCAUAGAUUCAGAAGACGAUGAAGACCCGUACACUACUUAUGAAUCUACCACAAAACAGAGCGAUGCAGGUAUUAAAAGAAGAAAAUUUGACCCCAAAGUUAAUUGUCCAUCAACAGUUAAAACUAUCAAUGAAUCACAUAACUAUGAUGUAAAGAGCAAGGUUGAAAUAUCAAAAGCAACAUUAUUGAAACUAAAACAAUUUCAAUUUGAUGAAAGCCACAGUAGCAUUUUUAAUUCAUCUAUUUGUUCGGACAGCUCGUUAUCAUCAAUUAUUUUAUCUGGGACCAUGUGGACAAAUAACAAACAAGCAGAAAGGGGGCAUGAAAUUUGUACCCCAGUUACGUUAAGUGGAUCUGACAGUAAAUACAGGCUUGCGGCAUUGGAAAGAACUGUUGAAAACAAUAGUCCUCAUAUUCUUUUAAACAAUGCAGACACAAACUCACGUUCAGAGACAUGUUCAGUUUUCCAGGAUCUAAUUGGAAAUACAGGUUAUGGAUGUCCCAAAAGCAACGAUGUUGCGUCCAAUUUGGUGGCAGAUAUAGCAUCUGCUAAUAACACGAAUGAACCUUGCUUCAAUUUAUCAGAUGCCAGUAACAAAAAUGCGAAACUGGCUAUACAUUUUGCAAGUAAAAAUAGUAACAAAUUAGGUGAUUCAGUCAAUGCAACAGAUACAAAAGCUCAUAGUACUAAUUGCUUUAAUACAAGUCCGUCAUGGUUGUUGUCGUUGAACAAGAAGUUGGGUUCGCCUAAUAUACCAGUACCUGUGGCAAACCUACUUGAUGGAAAAAGUAACAUUGUAAAAAGUAUAUGUGGGGAGGAUGCACACGAAAAUACUGUGCUCGGUAAUGACAAAGCAGGAUUGGUCCACCGUGAUAUUCAACAGUUUUCAAGAAAAAGUUCAACACUUUCGGGAAAACAAGGCGCAGCAGUGGCCGUUCCUGCGUCAAUCUUCAGUGUAAAUGAUGCGGAUGUUGAUUUUGAUGAUUUUUGAUAAACUUUCAAUAUUGUAGUAAAAUCACCAACGUGAAUUUAACAAUAAUGUUGUACUUACUGAUCCGUUCCGCAACGAAUGUGUAACGAAUUUUUAUGUUAAUUUACUUCUGGAUGCCAACAUAUUUGUCUGUGUUUUCGUUUCGUAUUUUCGGUAUGCGGUUACCACAAAAAUCUCUACUAAACGCAUCUUCACGUCCAUUUUAGAUACAAAAUUUCAGAAAUGGAAAUUCUUUUAGAAUAAAUUAAAUUUAAUGAAAGAACCCAAAUAAGGAUGAAAACAAACAACAAAUAGAUCGCUUUUUGUUCGAAACAUAUAGUAACUGAUUUUAACCUUAAUAUAUCUGUACAAACUUACCUUGUUACACAACAAAUAAAUUCAUAAAUCUAAUUGUUUUAUUUAAUUGUGCACAGCAAUUUUGACACUUUUGUUUCAGCAUUUCUAACCUGGUGUUUAAUUGCACCGUUGUUCGUCACAAGCAUUUUUUUUUUAUAUAUGAUACUUUAUUUGCCUCGUCCAUAGGUAUGUGCAGGUCGAGGUCAUACUGCUCCAUACCGUACAUACAUUUUUGUGUUAGUAUGAGUAAACAGUGUUGUAAUCAAUUGUUAGCAUAUAACAUCCUUAUACAUACAUAUACACUAUACCAUUUACACAUGUUUAAACAUCUUAAAAAAGCAAAAAAAGUAUAUUAUAAAAAAAGAAGAGCAAAUCCAAUGUUAGGUUAAGCAUAUGCACAAACUUUCAUUUCAUUGUGGAAGUAUAGAAGCAUCGGACAAGUUACAAUUUAUUAUGUAUUUUCAAAUGGUUGAUUGUGGAGUUUUUAAAAGAUACAUAAUAUUCACAUUAUGAUAUUGGUUCAGCAAACAAACUUACAAUUGCCCAAGACUGUAGUUCUGUUUCAUGACACUUAACAUUGUUUUGGAUUUUAAAAAACAAAGUCAGGCUCAUUAUUAGCCCUUGUUUGGAUGGAAAUAUCCCCUUUCUCUGACAAAGGUAUAUAUAUUUCUUCAAUUCUAGCAUAAGAAUAUUUAUAUCAGUCAUAUUACUUUUUGUACUUCCCAAUAUCAUUGUUUUACAAUUUAUUUCUGAGUGUUUUUGCACAUUAUGUGCACUUAAAAAUUCAACAACAUAAUUCACAAUUCUUUGUGUAAAACAGCAAUCCCAAAACAGAUGUUUUAUAGUUUCCUCAUUUUCUUUACAAAAAGUACACAUGUUAUCUUGCAAAAUGUUCAUUUUAUACAAUAGAGAUUUAGUACCUAGAAUUCUAUGUUUUAUUCUUGUUUGAAACCAUUGAGUGUUAGUAUUUUUGGAAAUAUUAAAUACGAGAUUAUGUACUUUUUUCCAUUCGAUGUUGUUGAAAAAUGUAUACCACUUAUUUUGGCAAGUCGGUAUAUCAGA